AUGGUUCAGAUGUACACUAUCGCCGGCCGCCAGGUCGGCUCCCACUACCUGGCCAUGGGCGUUCUCGCGGCCCUCUUCGGCGGCGCUGCCUACGGCACCAGCGGCAGCAAGCCCAAGGCCACUGCCAUUCCCCCCAUCAACGCAUCCAGCUCCGACGAGGCCGACUUCAUCAAGAAGUUUUUGGACAGCGCGGACAAGGACGAGAAGGCGAAACACUAG